UACUCCUUCGUUUUAAUUUGUAAUAUACCAGAAAGGCAUCUGGAGACGACCAUUCUUCUCUCCCCACUCCCCCAGGCCCCCAAGUUUGGAAUUGGAUUGCAAGCUAAGGAGGAAGAAACAAUAUACCAUCCAAAAAAGUGCAUGGAUCUGAUCUCUGUGUAAUCCAAGAAGACUGGGGAGGGUUUUUGGGGUCCCCCCCCUCUCUUAGUCUUUUAACUAGCAAUUUUGUGUGUGUGUCUCAAAAGUAUGGGAUUGUUUUAACUCCUCAACCCCAGUUGAACUUCCCCUCUGGUCCACCUCCCUUCUCCUGCGGCUCUUUAACUCGCUUUGGGAGGUCGAGAUUAAGAAAACUUUGUUUGGAGGGGGGAAAAGAAGAAGAGGCAAAGACAACCCCCCCUCCCCAAGCACACCAUGUUUCUUUGGAUUCAGGGUUUAUGCCUAAGGAACAGCUGACAAUGUGGAUUGGGGCAUUUGAUCAGCAAGCAGACACAAUCUAUUAACAAAAAGACAUCAAGGAGCCCAAGUGGAAAGGAGGAGAAAAAGAAGUAACCUUGAGCACUAGUGACUUUAAAAACAACAGCCAUGGGCUGCGCUCCUAGCAUUCACAUAUCUGACAGCAGGGUGGUUUAUCACAGUAACAAAGAGCUGGAGGACUCGAACUCGUCACAGCAACAGCAAGGCAACCCUGUCCCGGGAUUAUUCAUUAAAUCUUCCAACACCACGUACAAGCUGAGGACUAAUCCCUGCAAGAAAGGCGCACGGGACAACAUGGAGGGAGAGUCUCGCACCAAUAGAUCCAGUGUUAAGGCCGUGGGAACAGACGUGCAGUUUGGCCCUAUGAGACUCCACCAAGAUCAACUUCAGGUACUUCUAGUGUUUGCCAAAGAAGACAACCAGAGUAAUGGCUUCUGCUGGGCAUGUGAGAAAGCUGGAUUUCGGUGUAACAUUGCUAGGACCCCGGAAUCUGCCCUCGAGUGCUUUUUGGAUAAACACCAUGAAAUCAUCAUUAUUGAUCACAGGCAUUCGAGACACUUCGAUGCAGAAGCACUAUGCAGGUCUAUUAGAACAACAAAGCCGUCUGAAAACACUGUUAUUAUCGGCGUCGUGCGGCGACAUGCAGAUCGUGAAGAAUCCUCAAUACUACCCUUCAUUUCUGCUGGCUUCACAAGGAGAUAUGUUGAAAAUUCUAACAUCAUGGCCUGCUACAAUGAACUCAUCCAGCUGGAAUUUGGAGAAGUCCAGGCACAAUUUAAAUUAAGGGCUUGUAACUCAAUAUUUACAGCACUAGAGAAAAGUCAAGAAGCCAUUGAGAUUACGAGUGAAGACCACGUAAUACAGUACGUAAAUCCUGCAUUUGAGACCGUGAUGGGCUAUCAAAAAGGCGAAUUAAUAGGGAAGGAACUAACAGAAGUGCCUACAAAUGAAAAAAAAGCUGAUUUCCUUGACACUAUUAAUUCUUGCAUCAAGCUAGAAAAGGAAUGGCAAGGAACAUAUUACACCAAAAAGAAAAAUGGAGAGAGCAUACAACAAAAUGUGAAGAUAAUACCUGUCUUUGGACAGGGAGGAAAAAUUAGACACUAUGUGUCCCUUAGUAGACCCUGCAGUGACAACAACAAGGCUGAAAGGGUCUGUGAACGCGUCCAAGCCGAAUCCCAGACAGAUAUCCAGAGUUGCAGACACAAGGACCGGAGGAAAGGGUCCUUAGACGUCAGGUCGACCACCUCUCGGGGCAGCGAUGGAAGUUCACAGAGAAGGCAUUCAUCAAUGGCCAGGAUACAUUCCAUGACUAUUGAAGCACCAAUUACCAAGGUAAUAAAUAUUAUCAACACUGCCCAAGAAAGCAGUCCUAUGCCGGUUGCUGAAGCUUUGGAUCGAGUGCUAGAGAUCUUGCGUACCACCGAGUUAUACUCUCCGCAGCUUGGGACGAAAGAUGAAGACCCCCAUACGAAUGACCUUGUCGGCGGCUUGAUGACAGAUGGCCUACGAAGAUUAUCAGGGAAUGAGUAUAUAUUGUCAGCAAAACAAACUCACCAGGUUCCAGGCAGUUUAAUAUCACCCAUCUCCCUUAAUGACAUCCCACCAAGGAUCGCAGAAGCAAUGGAAAAUGAAGAAUACUGGGACUUUAGCACCUUUGACUUGGAAGCAGCCACACAUAAAAGGCCUUUAGUUUAUCUUGGUCUCAAAAUGUUUGCCCGCUUUCGGAUCUGCGAGUUCCUUAAUUGCUCAGAGUCGACGCUGCGGUCGUGGUUGCAAGUCAUCGAGGCCAAUUAUCAUUCAUCCAAUUCCUAUCAUAACUCGACCCACGCUGCUGAUGUGCUGCACGCUACGGCCUACUUCCUUUCUAAAGAAAGAGUAAAACAAACUCUGGAUCCCAUUGAUGAAGUUGCUGCACUGAUAGCUGCCACAGUUCAUGAUGUGGAUCACCCAGGUCGAACAAAUUCCUUCCUGUGCAAUGCAGGAAGUGAGCUUGCCAUUUUGUACAACGACAUUGCGGUGUUGGAGAGUCAUCACGCUGCUCUGGCCUUCCAAAUCACCACCCGGGAUGAUAAAUGCAAUAUUUUUAAAAAUAUGGAGCGGAACGAAUACCGAACCCUUCGGCAAGCCAUUAUCGACAUGGUCCUGGCUACAGAAAUGACCAAGCAUUUUGAGCACGUCAACAAGUUUGUCAACAGCAUCAACAAGCCACUGGCUGCACUGGAAGAGAAUGGGGGAGCAAACGGAGAUGGCGAUUCGAUAAAAAAUGUCCUCACGUCUCCUGAGAAUCGCAUCCUGAUCAAACGGAUGCUAAUUAAGUGUGCCGACGUUUCCAACCCGUGUCGCCCUCUAGAGCAGUGCAUUGAGUGGGCGGGUCGCAUUUCUGAGGAAUACUUUGCACAGACAGACGAGGAGAAAAGACAAGGCCUGCCUGUUGUGAUGCCUGUUUUCGACAGGAAUACUUGUAGUAUCCCCAAAUCUCAAAUAUCAUUCAUUGAUUAUUUCAUCACUGACAUGUUUGAUGCUUGGGAUGCAUUUGCGGACCUGCCGAAUCUGAUGCAGCACCUGGACAACAACUUCAAGUACUGGAAGGGGUUGGACGAGAGGAAGCUACGGACACUCCGACUGCCGCCCGAAUAGUGGCCAGGCCUCUCUGUGUCUGCAUCGUCCAUCUGGAAGUGGAAUCCUUCCGACUUGCAAUAUAGGUCGUGCAUUUUCAGAUUUGUUUGGGUCUCUUCAGUAUUACAGUUAGGCCUUCCUGUACACAUCCUUGGGGAGCCUGGAUGUUCAAGACAACCUUGAAUGUCGGUGGUGAACUCUCGGCUUCUCGCCAUCUAGGGGACUCAGCGUUGAAUAAACCCUUCACGUUGAAUUACACUGGAUUGCUGCAAUGCCUGUACUGAAGAGGGAUUAAGGGUGGACAUUUUGGCUUCGUUUUGUCCUGGUUUUGACAUUAAUUUCAUGCCAAAAACAUGGAGCUUGGAGACACCCUCUUAAAAGAGAAGACGUUGGUAUAUUCUUCUUCAGAUCUGCAAAUGGAGGCGAAAAUCCCCGACGGCGGUGAUGACUCAUAACACUCACGAGGAUGCUUUUUAACGAGCACUUAAAACAACAACAACACAGUUACAUUGAACAAUCACAUAUUUGACAUGCAAACCCUUUAUGAAGGAGUGGGUUUUCUUUUUUGGACUUCUGAAAAAUGGACACAGCUCUAUUUUUUCACAUCACAAGAAGGUGCAAUCAUUCACUUCUGAGCACUACUGAGAGCGAGUUCUCUUUAAAAGAAAUUUAGUAGCAAAUGGAAGCAAGCAAACAAACCCAACCUGCAAAUUUUGAAGCUGAUCGUUAGGCAUCUCUGAUUAAAAUAUGUUUUAUUUAUUUUGUUAGGUGUUCAAUAUUUUCUAUGAAUUUAUAAAGACUUUCAAAGCCAAAGCCAACUUUAGAUGCAUUACAGAUUUACAUGAUUCAUACUCGGUAUGCAUUUUAUUUUCAUAAUGCAAAAAUGCCAUACGAUGAGGACACAUUUUUAUUGCACUGUAAGGAUAGAUGUGUAUGU